GUGUAGUUGGUACUUGGAGAGUUGGAGUUGGAGAUACUAAAAGCUUGCUGGCAAAUUGCGAUAUCCCGCCCAAUUGCAGCUCCUUAACCUGAUAGUUUUCAAAAUUUGAGCUCGUUGGUUGUCUGUUUGUGACUUACUCUAUAACGUUUGUGUUUUUCCAACAGUCACUGAACAGAGAAAAUAGAAAGCACGCUCCAAUUUCCACUUUCGAAUCAAACCCUAAUCCCAAAUCCCUGAACCAACCCCGAUCCCCAAUGGCUACUCCUGAUUCCACCGCGCCAUCUCUCCCUCUCUCCACUAACAAGGAGAACAUCACUCCGAUUUCGUCUAAAAUCUCGGAACUUAAUGAAUCAAGAUCGGAGCUUCUCGGCAGAAUUCAGAGUUUGAAACAGGAUUUACAAAGUUGGGGGUCGAAGUUAGACACACAAGUGAAGGUUUAUCGCGAUGAGCUGUCAGAACUUAAGAAAACACUUAAUGUUGAAGUAGACCAACUUCGAGCAGAAUUUCAAGAUCUGAGGACCACCCUUCAGCAACAACAAGAGGAUGUUACUGCUAGCUUAAGAAACUUGGGGCUUCAGGAUGUCUCAGGAGAUGUCCAGCAAGUUCAGUCAAAGGAGACUAAGAUUGAAGAAAUUGACAAGGAAGAGCAGCAGUUGUUACCGGAAGAGGAUAGUGGCAAAGUAGCUGAAAAUUAAAUGGGCUUUAGUUUGGAGUAUUUGCUAAUAGCAGUGUAUACCCUGAGAGAAGCUUAAUGAUUUCUGUGUGUUUGCAUUGUUAGUUCUAUGUUUUGCUUGAUUAGUACUUUUGGGUAUAAUACAUUUAACGCCUCAAAAAUUUAUAUGAAAAAUAAAUAAAAAUAA